AUGUACCAUCAUGGCAGUUCUCACGAAGAUGACAUCCCGAAUGUACGCCUAAUUGCACGAGUUAUCCCACGCACUCCGUCGCAGGAAAACUUGACGCCUGAGAGAGACUUUGCUACCACAUCGAUGGAAACAUCUGGUAAGAAACGUCAUCAUGAAGAGUCACCUAAGACGUCGAAACAAACAAAGAAGAAGCUGAAGAAGGAGGAGAAGAAGGAAAUUGCUGCUUCGAAGGGCAAGGAAUCUCCAAAGAAACGAGCUGAAGCGACAACAUCUGAAGUUACUACUAGAGUCUUAACUGAGAAGCAGCAGGGUAGUGUACCUGAGGAAGGAAAGGCAGGAUACACUUCUACGUCCAAAACUACACGAGAAUCUCCACACAAGGAUGACAGAACUUUCAAAUCUCAAGUGCAAUCCUUUAAAUCUGAAGUCGAGGGUGAUGCUUCAAAGCGCGGUUUCCUCUCCGGAGGAUGGCGCCAUGGAGGUGAAGAACAGACAGUGGAAAAAGAGCAAGUACGUCCUGAGAGCUAUGGAUUACCAUCUACAUCCUAUGGAGGCCCCCUAGAGACUACAUCCCAUCAGCGUGAUCUAGAACCUGCACCAUUAGGAGAAUAUGCUAAGCCUUACCAUCCUGGACAGUCGUGGAAGGAGAGUAAGACUGUGAAAACCUCUGCUGUCCAAGGUUCUGGUGAGCAUGGCCAUGUAAAAAGUGGACGAGGAGAAGUUUCUACUGGCCAGUUUGGAAGUGAGACUGUGAGGACUGAAGCGAUCCCAACGUUCACUACCCGGUGGGGAAAAACUACAGUUGAAACUCCAGAAGAAGAACGAAAAGUCCGCUUGAUAGCACUUGUUCGACGAAAAUCGGAGGAAGAGGAGGAGCCAGAAGUUAAGAAACCAAAGAAGGAGAAAGAUUCACCUGGACUUUUUGGCUUCUGGAAAGGAGGAAGGAAGAAAUCACGUGAAGCUCAUGUCGAACUUCCGCCGGAUGAGAGACCUGGACCAUCGGAAAUUUCCAGACCUGCUGGUCCAUUGGACACCACUAGCCGUGAGAAAGAUAUAGAAAAGACCCCUAUUCCCAAAGUGCCUCCCCCAGUUCCGUACAAACCUUCGGCGAUCUCAUCUGAAACUUCACGACGCACGGAACAGCAAACUGUUGUAAAAGAAACGGGUCCCGUGGAAUCCAUCGAUCGCCAAAAGGACUUGGAAAAGACUCCAGUAAAAGUGCCUCCACCUGUUCCGUACAAACCUUCUUCGAUAGUGACUGAAACUCCUCGACGUACACAGGAGGAAACCGUAAAAACUGUUGUGCGAGAAACAGGCCCUCUGGAUACCACUAAACCAGAAAAAGACAUGGAGAAGAUCCCCAUCCAAGUACCAACUCCUGCUGAGUAUAAACCAAUUAAGGAAGUAACCGACACCACCCGAACUACCCACCGUACUCAUCAUCUUUUUGGCAGAUGGCGCCAUGAAGGUGAAGAGGAGACGGUUGGAAAGGAUCGUGUGCGGGCUUAUGGACUACCUACUACAUCAUACGAAGGCCCUCUGGAGCACACUAAACGAAUUGGUGACCUUGAGCCGUCACCAUUGUGGGAACACACUAAAGCCUAUCAUCCUGGAGAGUCAUGGAAUGACCCUAAUUAUGGCAAAAAAUCUACUACUCAACCAGUUGCUAGCGAACGCACUAAAAAGAAAGCCGUCUCCCAUUUGAAAUCAGGCGAGAAAGGGAAAGAACCAGCUGGAACUGAUGAAGAUGAAGAACAUAGAGUUCGGCUGAUAGCUAGGGUACCCCAUAGCACAAGAGAGGAGGAGUCAUACACUGGCAGAGGAGAUGAAGAACCAAGGGAAUCGGAUAAGUCUCGCCGAGGUUUCCUCUUUGGCAGAUGGCGCCACGAAGGAGAUGAGGAAACAGUUGAUAAAGCUCGAGUCCGACCUGACACUUACCACAUAAGGACAGAUCCUUACCAGGGUCCCCUUGAGACUACUACUCGUCUAUCUGAACUUGAGCCAAAGCCGUUAUGGGACUAUGCUCAAGCAUAUCAUAGUGGUCAAUCUUGGGACGAUGGUAAGGGCCGAUCAUGGGGCACUAAGGAAACCAAGGAAGCCAAACCAUCUACCUCUACAACUGUUGUUAAAGAGUCCACGGAGAAAAAGACUGAGAAAGAACAUCCUGAAGGAAAGACAGCUACGCUGAAACUGAAGAAAUCGUCUUCUGCUGAAAGCGAGGAGGAGACCAGAAAGGUCCGACUGAUAGCGCGUGUUGUGCACAGAGACACAUCGGAAGACGAAGCGUCGAGAUCAAGUAAGGAUAAAGAAUCGUCUGGACUGUUUGGUUUCUUCAAAGGAGGAAAAAAUAAGCGACACGAGAAAGGAGAGGCUGUGGAAGAGAUUCAACCACAUGCUGAGAAAUAUACCGGUCCCUUGGACACUGUUGACCGCCAGAAGGACAUCGAUAAACUUCCAUUCAAAGCACCACCUCCUGUGCCAUACAAACCGAAAUCGGUUGGUGCUGAGCAUGAACAGCAUGCAUAUAAGCCCUCUACUCAUGUCACAGAGACAACUCAUCGACCACAACUGUUUGGUCGUUGGCGACAUGAAGGUGAUGAAGAGACCGUUGAGAAAGAUAAAGUACGAACUGAAACUUAUGGCCUA